AUGACUGCUGAGAAGAGAAGCACUGUUGGGAGCAAAUCGCCACAAAGUAGCACCUCUGGUCAGGUCAGUAACCCUAAUUUGCUCAUUAAUUGCAUGUCUGAAGAGCAUUUAAUGUGCAAUAAAACCUGUAAUCACCAAGAUUCAGCCGGGGGAAAUGAAUCGGGAGCUAGAGGUGUUAAAACCGGGAUAGAUUUCAGUGGAAUUGAACCGAAACCAGAUAGUGUUUGGAGUAACUUUGAUCCAAAGAAACUUCAAUCACCUGAGAGGAAGCUUAGAGCUCCUGUGGCUCAGACUUGGCAACAUAAACCUGGGGAAAAGGAGAGGAAGGGUGAGGAACAGAAACAUCAACAAAUUGAUAAAGGGAAGGAGAAGGUGAAUACAGGAAGGUCUGUGGCACAAAGGAAGGAAAAGGAGGAGACUGGUGCAGGGGAGUUUCAACACAUGAUUGAUGAGUAUGAAUUAUGGGAAAUGCAAACAUAUGGAGGGAGAUAUACAUGGAAUAAUAAGCAAAUUGGGUUAGCCAGGAUAUAUUCCAAACUUGAUAGAGUAUUGAAACAGAAAGGAUUAAAGGUUGUGCUCAGGAAGUUUAAUAAAAAGCAAUUUGCUAAUGUGGAGGAAAAGGAGAUGGAAUGGAGACAGAAAUUGGAGGAACUUCAAGAUAAACUCAAACAGAAACCACAAGAUGAGGAAUUACAGAAAAUGGAAAAGGAAGCAGCAAAAGAAUAUAUAAAUGCUAGCAGAAUUGUGAUGAGCUUCUGGGAUGAACUGAAACCAGCAGUGCAGAAUGGAAAAUGGAUGGUGAAUGGAGGCAGAGAAUAUACAGCAAGUAGAGGAUACCAGUGGCUCAGAGGGCAAGGGGAAAAGUUCGAAGCAGCACCAAUAAUUUGGAGCAAGUUUUCAGUACCUAAGCACAGUCUGAUAAGUUGGCUUGCUUGGCGAGGCAGGCUGUUAACAUGUGACAAAUUGGAGAAAAUGCAGGUUGCAGUGGAUGAUCCAACUUGUAUCCUCUGCAACAAAACUCGGGAAACUGGUUUGCACUUGUUUUUUGCUUGCACCUUCUCACAACAGCUAGUAAAUCUGAUCAGGAAAUGGCUGGGGAUCAGAAUUAGGGACUCUUUGGAUAGAUGUGUUGAUGCUAGAAUUUGUUUUUCCCAAGAUGGAAAAGACAGGAUUGCUAAGCAGAUCAUCGAUGAAGUUGAUGAAGUCAAGCAAUCAAUAAAGUUCAGGGUGAUUGAAGCGGAUCUGAUGGAACUGUACAAGACCCUCAUCAUAACAGAUCAUGUUGACACAAAUGGGGAAGAUAAUCUCAUAACAUGGACUCUGGAUUAUCAGAAACGGGAAGAACUCGGCCCACAUCAAGGAACCUUGCUGAACUAA